UUGCGGAUGCGGAGAAAUAUCGUGCAGAGGAUGAAAAGGUUGCUCAAAGAAUUCAUGCACGUGAUCGCUUGGAGAUUUAUUCAUACAACUUGCGAAAUACACUUCAAGAUGAAAAAGUUGCAGGUAAAAUAGUUGCAGGUGACAAAAAGAAACUUGGAGAUGUUAUUCAAGAAACAAUUACAUGGCUCGAAAACAAUCAAGAAGCUGAAAAGGAAGAAUAUGUUCAUAAACAGAAAUUACUUGAAGAAGCUGCCAACCAAAUAAUGAUAAGCCUUUAUGAUGGUGGAUCUAAUUGUGACUCCCCAGGUAGUCCAGCGAUUGAAGAUG